UUUUACUGUCUUACCCAAGCUGGAAAGCCCCAGGGACUUUAAUACUUCGCCUGUCUCUGUUGAAAACACCAAUUGGGAACACGAUUCCACUUUGCUCUGAAAGUGAAACAUCUUUACCACUCCAACGCUCAAUUGAAAGGAAGACGUUUUCUGCGUGCCUGGCUUCCUUUAACCUGUUACCUACUUCUCAACGAACCUAGCAUACCCUCAUACUCCAGGAGUGACGGGUAUAAAUAGUUUAGGAAGGGCUAUCAAAAAGUUCAAUUGCUGCCCACGAAAGCUUUAAAUGCCAACAGUUAACUUUUUAACUAAAGACAAAAUUUAUUUUUGAAAAUUUUUUCCGUUAUUUUAAAUUAUACAUUUGCCUCGAAAAAUACAUUAUUUCUACUAGUCUCGACGCAGUGAUGUAAAUUGACACAGACUAUCCUACAUUCGUUGCCUACCGCCAGUUCAAGGUUUUGCCGUUAUCCGCACACUGUCACACUGCGAAAUAAGCCUGGACUACUUGGCGGGCAGUGAUAAGUCACAUUAACCAAGGCCCGCCCCUAAGGGCAGAAAUGGAGGAACGCAAGCUGCUGCGAGCGGUGAAAUCAACAAAUCCACUGGUCUACCUGGACAUUUCCAUCGGCAAGGAGGAUGCGGGUCGCAUGAUAAUUGAGCUGCGCAAGGAUGUUGUGCCGAAGACAGCGGAAAAUUUCCGUGCCCUGUGCACGGGCGAAUGUGGUAUCGGUACUCUGGGCAAACCGCUCCACUACAAGGGCACUAAGUUCCACAAGAUCAAACGAGUCUUCGUCGUCCAGAGCGGGGAUGUGGUCAAUAACGAUGGAACCAGUGGCGAGAGCAUCUACGGCCCAGUUUUCGAUGACGAGAACUUCGAACUCGCACAUAACGAGGAGGGCGUGGUCAGCAUGGCCAACUACGGCAAGCCAAACUCCAACAACUCACAGUUUUUCAUUUCGGCCGCGGGCUGUGAGAAUCUGAAUGAAACAAACGUAGUCGUAGGUCGUGUUUUACGUGGCUUGGGUAUUGUAGCUGAAAUGGAACAAAACUGCACUGACGAGGGCGAUCCCACGGCGGAGGUCGUGAUAAGGGACUGCGGAGAGAUAGCUCCCAAUGAGAACUGGGGCAUCGAGUGCAACGACGAGACGACGGACAAGUUGCCUGCUUAUCCCCAAGACUGGCCGCGCAAGCACGAUAAGUUCACAGCAGAUGCGGCGGUGGAACUUCUCACGAGCAUUCGCCAAUCCGGUAAUCACUUCUAUCAGCUUGGCCGCUAUCACGAAGCGCGGGCUAAAUAUCGCAAAGCGAAUCGCUAUUAUAGUUACCUGAGCAGACAGUUUGGCUGGCAGCAGCUGAACCCCCUCAAAAAACACCUUGUCGAUGAGGAUCUGCUCAAGGUUGACGGCUUCUCUGUGGUUAACAACAUAAAUGCAGCCGCUGUGGACCUAAAAGUGGGCAACUAUUUGAGCGCUAGAGAUGUUUGCAACGAAGCCAUUCGUCUAGAUCCCAAAUGUAGCAAAGCUUUCUACCGACGCGCCCAAGCGCAACGCGGAUUGCGCAACUACGAGGAGGCCAUCAACGAUCUGAAAACGGCUCACAAUCUUCUGCCGGAGAACAAACAGAUCGUAAAUGAACUGAAUAGCACCAAGCAGCUCCUGGCCCAGUACAACCGACAACAACGAAAUGCCCUUAAAAAUCUAUUUGCCUAGCUGGCAGCCAGUCACCAUUUUCAUGGCUUCUUUAAAUGUAAAUACUUAUUAAUAAAUAAAUGUUGAUUUACCAAGUCAGUGGUUUACCACAAGAAGGUAUAA